ACAGGGAAGAUGGCGGCGGCCGCUGUGAAGAGCAUCGGGGGCGGGCUGGGCCGCGGGCUGAGGGAGCUCCGCAUCCACCUGUGCCAGCGCUCCGCCGGCAGCCAGGGCGUCAGGUCAGCGCGGGGAUGGGCCGGGACGGGGCCGGGGGUGCUCCUCCAGGGGAGUGAGACACCCCCGAGCUGGGCCACAGGGACGCGCCCUCCUCCUUCCCUCCGCAGGGAAUUUAUCGAGCAGCACUAUGUGACUCUGAAGAAAGCAAAUCCAGACUUCCCGAUCCUGAUCCGCGAGUGCUCCGGUAUCCAGCCCAAGCUCUGGGCUCGGUACGAGUUUGGGAAGGAGAAGAGCAUUCCACUGAACAACCUAAGUGCAGAUGAAGUGGGCAAGGCCCUGGAGAGUGUUGUGAAAAGCCACGCGUGACGACUGACAGGAAAUACACACGUGCUGGAGACUUGACUGAUCAUCUUUAACGUCAAAGAUGUAUCUUUAAUUUAUCAAUUCAUAAACACAGUGUGCUUACCAUGA